AUGAACUCCAUCGAUCCUCAGUCCCACCACCACCACCAUCACCACCACCACCACACCUCCCCUACCGUCGGCUCUCUCCCUCCCAAAGGCGCCCAGGAGGCCCCGGACAUGGCCGCCGUGUACUGCGACAACCUGAGCAGCAUGUACCACCAGCAGAGCCUGCAGGGCGCACAGAGACCCGCCGGCUACGGCCUCGGGGAUUACGCAUCGUCUCCAAACCCGUACCUGUGGCUCAACGGGCCGGGCGUCAACUCCUCCACAUCCUACCUGCACGGUAACAACCCGGCGUCGUUCAUCCCGCCCUCCUACGGCUCCCAGCGGCAGUUCAUAACGAACUCACCUGGGUUCGGCGGGCCGGACCUGGGCUGGCUGUCCAUCGCCAGCCAGGAGGAGCUGCUGAAGCUGGUCCGCCCGCCCUACUCCUACUCCGCGCUCAUAGCCAUGGCCAUCCAGAAUGCCCAUGAGAAGAAGCUGACUCUGAGCCAGAUCUACCAGUAUGUGGCCGACAACUUCCCGUUUUAUAAGAAGAGCAAGGCCGGCUGGCAGAACUCGAUCCGGCACAACCUGUCGCUGAACGACUGCUUCAAGAAAGUGCCGAGGGACGAGGACGAUCCAGGGAAGGGAAACUACUGGACGCUGGACCCCAACUGCGAGAAGAUGUUUGACAACGGAAAUUUCCGCAGGAAAAGGAAACGGAGGUCAGACCCGAGCAGCGGAGGACCGGCAGCAGCAGGAGCAGGGGCCACAAAGGUCGAGGAUGGCAGACCGGCGAUGGCGGCCCCCCUCAAGUCCUCAGACAGCCCGCAGCUGCUGGGGCCGUCGUCCCCGGAGAUGGAGGCCAUGAGCGAGAGCCACAAGAGCUCGUCGUCGUCGUCGCCGCCGGCCGGCCUGGCCUCGGCGGCGCCCUGUUUCAAUAACUUUUACAGCAGCAUGUCGACGCUGAGCUCGGGCCCCCCCGGCAGGCAGGGGUCCCUGGGACUGGUGAACGAGCUGUCGAACAGGAACAUUACGGCCCUGAGCCCGUACCACGCCAACCACGGCGGGCAGGACACGGGGCCGUCAGAGCACGGCGACGGCCUGCAUUUCAACCGUGGAGUGUACUACAACACGUUUGGCAGCGGACAGAGCGGACAGCUGAACAGCCACUUCUAUAACAGUUUCAGUGUCAACAGUUUGAUAUACCCCAGGGAAGGGUCCGACCUAUAGGGACUCAGUCCAGAGCACAAACACAGCAAGCGGGGAUUUGUUUCCAUGCAAAUUCCUCCCAAACACACGCACAUGUUUGCAUUUCAGCAGCGGGGUCAGAGUGCAGGCCUCUGCGUCACAAACACAUCACGCCCGUCACUGACCUCCGUAAUCAGAUCUGCAGCCUCACCGGGGCCAAACACUCACACGCUGUUUGAGGUGCGCUUGAUUUAACUUGACAGACACGCUGACGGUCUCAAUAGCGGAAAUGACACAUGCAAAAUCAAACAUAUUGAUCACUACAUGUUUUUUUUGUGUUGAUUUCAAAAGGUCAAUGGUAAAAACUACACUUGCAAAGUAAAACAAGCAUUGAACACUUCUGCCUCUUUUAUAUAUAUUCAAGCAUCUUUUUUUUUUUUUUUUUUUUUUUUUGUCAGUUUCAGCAUAUUUGGAGCCCAAAACAACACUACCAUAUAUUUGUUUUUGUUUUUUUGUUUUUUUCCAAUUUGAGAAAAUCUAGCCCAAAUACAUAUUUCUAUUUCAAUGGCCAAUUUUUUUUGUUUGUUUGUUUUUGUUGUUGAUUACAUUUUAACCUUGUUGAAACUGGUAAUCAUUCAUUAUCAUCACUAAACCGCCAAAGUUGCCUUUGUAAGACCGCCAUUACCUCAAAGAACAAUCACAAGUUGAAAGUGCCCUGUUAUCGAGGGCGCGUAUCCAAACAGUCUCCAAAUGCAGUAAAUAUUUACAGUUUAUAAAAUAUAAAUAUGAUACCUGACGGGGCUUGCCUUGUUUUUGUAUUCUCUAUUGGAACAUGUUGACUGAAACCACAGCACUGAGGCUUGUGCAUGUAAAUACAUUUGGACAGUCUAAAUGUGUAUUUUUGUAAAUUAUAAAGAUAGUUUGUAACUAUUUAUGCUAUUUAUGCUAAUAGGCAUUUUUGUUUUUUGUUUUUUUUUUACUACUGGUGUCUGAACAUAGUUUGAUUAAAGCGGAAGUGAAUGAUAUUAGAUCACAAAAUGCGCCGGAAACAGUAUCACUGAAAAAAACAGAUAAAUAUAAAUAUGUAUCUGAAAAUAUACUAUAUCAUGGAUUCUCUCAGGAUUCAAUGUGACAAUCAUUGAAUGGCUUUUUGUAUCUAUUAUUGUCUUUUUUUUUUUUUUUUUAUUCUUUAUACAUACAGCAUACAGCCAG